AUGCGACGAAUUUUCUCGGCCUUCAUCAUUAACCAGCGGUCUGUUGGUGUAUCCAACGCCUCCGCAUCCCCAGCGCCCGGAAUCGACAACCGAUUGUGCAGCGGCAUGUGGAGCUCUCAUGUUCUCGGCUUUGCUGCAGCGCGCCGAAAUCGAUCCCCAUGUUUCGUUCCGAUGCGUAGAGGUAGCAGUCACGGUUCCGUCAUCGCGGCCCCGCCGGUGUGGAUAUCCUGUGCCGGGGCGCUGGGCAAGGCUGAGGGCCAAGACGGCAGCUUUGCUUCUGUCACUGUUGCUUCACCCCAACCAGAACCUUGA